UUCUGCUGAUUAGAACCGGACGGAACGCUUUGGCCCGGCAAUCGAUGCAUAGAGCAAGACGAGCCAGAAGACUCAUGUGCUACUACUACCAUAAGUAUCUAGGGCACACACAGUAAGCGGGGUCGAUUAGGAUGGAGGAAAGGAAAUGUUGCUGACCAGCAAACGAGCAUAGCCGUUAUUCUUCUUGAUGACUUCAGACGGAAUGAGGGUUUCAUGACUUUGACACGUAAUUAGAGCCGAUAUAAAGUCGUUCGCUAUUACUCUAAUCUUAUACUCGAGGGGUGUGGCUGGCGGCCGCAAGGCCACCAUGUCACGGUGGGCGGGUGGCGCGAGGAGAGCGGUGAUUGGUCUGUUCAGAUCCCGCUAUCUCCUCCAACACCCGCCAUCCCGCCCAUUCUCCUCCUCCGCCUCCUCCUCUUCCUCCUCUCCGUCGUUACUCUUAUCGGCGUCGGCGCGAAGAGCAGCAUUGUCGGAUUUUUUGACACGUGUUGGCGGCGGCUACGUUCUCUGUGGAGGCCAUCACUCGUGCGUUGGCAUCGGAAUCGGGACUCGUUUCGGCAUCCCGGUCGGCAAAACCCUGCGGCCUUCUUUCCCGCCCGUUGACAGUCUCCCAUCUGCCACCACUCGUGCAGUGGCAUCGGGGUCGGGACUCUUGCCCGCUGCUACUACUCCCCUUGCGGGCGCCUCUUCCCGCGGGCAGGAGUGCGGGUUGAAGGGAGCCUAUGAUGAUGAUGGUGCUCCGCAGUCAGCUGCUACCUGGUCGGCGGAGAAGGAGGCGACCGACCGGUCUCGUGUACAAAGGGGACGCCGACCGGUGUGCUCGGCGGCGGAGAGGGUUCAUGGUCUGCUGACACGUGGUUGUCAAACGCGACGAUGGUUCGCCAGUCAAGCGGCGGCGGCCGCUACGAUGGACGAGCUGGAGGACAUAGUGCCGCGCAUCCCGCGCACUCACGGGGGGCUCCCGCCGCAAGUUCUCGCGGCUUUGACGUAUCGGCGGCGGGAAGUCGGACCGAGACCGUGGCAACCGGAGUCCAAGCGCGUCGGCGCCAUCGGCAUCAAGUGUGGAAUGACAGCAGCGUGGGAUGAGUGGGGGGUCCGUAUUCCGCUGACAGUGAUUUGGCUCGACGAUAACCAGGUGGUGCAGGUGAAAACCGAGGAGAAGGAGGGAUUCAAUGCAUUGCAGGUUGGAUGCGGGCAGAAGAAGCCAAAGCGUAUGCCAAAGGCAAUUCAGGGGCAUUUUCGAAACGCGGGGGUGCCGUUGAAGCGGAAAUUAGCGGAGUUCCAAGUCAGUGCAGAUGCACUGAUGCCCGUGGGAACGCCAAUCACAGUUCGUCAUUUUGUUCCAGGGCAGUAUGUUGAUAUACGUGGGGUCACUAUUGGCAAGGGCUUCCAGGGUGUAAUGAAGCGGCAUGGCUUUGCUGGUGGUCCUGCGUCGCACGGAACUUCCAAGGCGCAUAGAAAAGGAGGGUCAACGGGCCAAUGCCAGGAUCCGGGAAAGGUAUUCAAAGGAAAGAAAAUGGCGGGACACAUGGGAGCGGAGCGGAGGACAGUCCAGAAUGUCUGGGUUUAUCGUAUCGAUCCCCAUCGCAACCUUAUGUACAUCCGCGGGCAGAUUCCUGGGCACAAGGGAAACUUUGUCGUCAUUCAGGAUGCGUUGAGGAAGCCGAAAGAUACGUCUUGGCCAUUUCCAACACAUUUUGCAGACUCGAAUGAAGAUCUCGAAGCACUGCUUCAGCCUAUGAUUGCGCCGCGGAGCCCUGUGGACCCCUUUGCUGAGGAUUAGAGUUAGAUUUGUAGCGGUGUCGCCGGUAUGUAUGGAAUCUGCGUAGCACAUGUAGCAUUAUUUGCUGCAUUAUUCACUGAUUUUGCCAAUGCGUAUUGGAAGAAGUUUUGUUGACGAGUCCGUAAUGCUCCAUCCUUAUGAAUUGGAAUCGGGAUCUGAUAUUGGUGUGAUAACCGAGGUUCAUAAUACUUCACAUGAGAGGAAGCCUGUUGUCGAACAAAAAUCAUUGUCUUCAUCUAUUCUCGUCUCGUAUACAGGCAACCUAGCUGCCAUGGUGGCAGGUUGCUUGUCCUGUCUUUUUCCUUUUUUUUUGUGUGUGUGUGGAGGGGGGGGGAGGAGGGAGAGAGGAUGAUUUGUGUUCCUUGGUGGGCUCGAUAAUGAUGGCCGUUCUUCAAAAUUGUAUAGAGAUGGAUGGUAAGUUGACUCAUGGAAAGUUCAUUAGUUGCAAUGUCGAUGGAAAGCGGACUUAUCUGGCGUGGAUUGAAAGAGGAUUGCUUGAAAGCUGUAGCAUCACCUAG